AUGGAGACGACGGAGGUGGGAGCGCUCCCGAACGAUGCCCUCGCCCACAUCUUCCGCAGCCUACCGGCGCGGAGCGUCGCCGAGGCCCGGAGGGUCUGUAGGGCCUGGCGCGCCACCGUGGACGCCCGCGCGCUGCUGCUCCCGCACCGCAAUCUUCUCCCACACUAUGUGCACGGUGUCUUCGUCAACUACAUCGACCACAGCCGGCCGCACCUCUUCGCCCGCCCCUUUCGGCCAUCGUCCGCGAGCUCCGGCCAGAUCGACAGCAUGCUCGGCUUCUUGCCCAACGGCCACAGGGACUGGUGGUCUGUGCUGGACCACUGCCGGGGCCUCGUGCUUUGCAACAUCAAGCAUGGUAGCCAGCUAUGCGUGUGCAACCCCGCGACGAAGAGGUGGGCACCUGUGGCGCCACCCCGGUGGGACGUGGGGGCCAGAUGGCGCUACUACGCUAGCGCAUACCUCACCUUUGAUCCGGCCAUGUCGACGCACUAUGAGGUCCUCUUGAUCCCCACCGAGCUGGAGAGGCCACAGCCAGAAACCCCAGGCUGCGACAAGGUGAGAAAUGAGCGGCGUGCAAUGGAGGUGCGGCUGCACGGGGUAGAUGAUGCCCCGUUCUGCCUCGACGAUUGGCUGCAAUUCUCAUCAGACGUCGUUAACGAGGAGGAGGAGGAGCAGCAGCAGCAGAUCCCUUCAGCGGAUGAGAUUGGCGACGAUCCAUGCCGCUUGAUAGCGUGGCCGCCGACGCCAUGGACGUUGGAGGUGUUCUCGUCGAGGGCUGGCCGGUGGGAGAAGAGGGCCUUUGUCCGCCAAGGCGAGCCGGUGGCAACAGUCCAAGACAUGCGGUUGGAUCAACCGGAACCGACAUGGCGGGGGCCACGCCAGCGCUACGCUGCGUACUGGCAAGGAGCGUUGUAUGUACACUGCCGAGGUUCUUUCAUUGCGAGGAUUUCGUUGUUGAAUGGUAAUUACCAAGUAAUUAAAACGCCAGGAGACAUUAAGAAGAACACAUCUUAUAAACCGUAUCUAGGGAUACUAGAGAAAGGUAUGUACUUUGGGAUAGUUCAAAAGUGCCAAUUACGGGUUUGGAUCCUCAAUGAAUCAUGUGGACAGAUGGAGUGGAUCUUGAAGUAUGAAGAUGACCUUACACACCUUGCCUAUCAUGUAAGAUAUGGCAAACAGAUGGAUGCACCUUGGAUUGUGCAUGAUGUGCAUGACACUGAUAAUGCUUCUGAAGCUAUGCAAGAGAGUUUGGAGUGGGACUCUGACAGUGAUGAUAUUUUUACAAUUACAGCUGGAUCAACUGAUGAGGAAUACUAUGGGGCAGGCUUUGACAUUCUUGGAUUCCACCCUUAUAAGGGAGUUAUCUUUUUGGUUGACUACUUUAGAGUGGUGGCCUAUCAUUUGAACACAUCAAAGGCUCAGUAUCUUGGCAGCUCACGCCCGAAGAGUUACUAUCAUAACUAUACAAAUGAUAUAUAUGAGUCAUUUGUGUAUACACCUUGUAUGAUUGGAGAGCUUAACAAAGGCAGUACAAUGAAGGAAAAUUGAAUAUUCUUGUAAAUAAUUGAGGUGGCCUCAUGUUUGAGACUAGUCAUACUUGGUUUAUUGAUAUAAUUUCAAAACAUGAGUAGUUGGGUUAUUUAAUUUCUUUUCAGUACGAGUCCUAUAUGUACCGUAUUG